GUUUUGCUCUCAGUUCUGUGGAGGGUAGAGUUGCUAUGGAAUUCUUUGACUUGUCUGAGGCAAGCCAAUCUAAGAAGUAUGCAUUUAAGUGCCAUCGAAAAUCAGAGGCCGGAAGGGACACCGUAUACCCUGUGAAUGCUAUUGCGUUCCAUCCCAUAUAUGGAACCUUUGCCACUGGAGGUUGUGAUGGUUAUGUCAAUGUUUGGGAUGGAAACAACAAGAAGAGACUCUAUCAGUACUCGAAGUACCCAAGUAGCAUUGCAGCUUUAUCCUUCAGCAAAGAUGGUCGCCUGCUGGCAGUCGCAUCCAGUUACACUUUUGAAGAGGGAGAUAUACCUCACGAAGAGGAUGCAAUUUUUCUUCGGAGUAUUAAUGAAGUUGAAGUCAAGCCAAAGCCAAAAGCAAUCCCUGCUGCAGCACCCCUAUAAUUAAACAAUUGAAGAAGAAAAUGCUACUAUCGGGUACCACCCAGCUGUUAUAACUCUGUUAGAUCCCACAUGGAAGGAAAAGCUUCAGACAAGUACUAAAACUUCCCUCUCUCCCUUGCCUUCGAUUCUAUCAGCUGUUGCCAUGUUAGUGCUCACAGCAAUGGAAUGAAUCUUAUUUUGGAGAAAGCAUUUUGCUUAAUUGCAUUAUUUCAAUUUCUAGAUUUCACUCUUUAUAACUAGAUAAGGUUACAUUAUAAUGCCUUUAAAAUUAAUUAUUUACUAUCUUUUUAAGCUGAAGAUAAUUUAAUUAUUACUGUAGAAUGGUUUGGUGCUCGGGUAUGUUAUAAAACAAGAGUAACAUGCAUUUAUCCCACUAAAUUGGGUCAGCUA